CCUCUGUGAUAGGCUAAUGGAGCUGUCACUCAAACUGUGGCGCCUAGGAUGCAUGCGCGGUCGUACGACGUUGAAAGGAAAAAGUUGUAAACCUGUUUUUUUCUGAAACUUAUGUUAAUCAUACUUUUAUUUGAGUAACUAUUGAUACAGUAUAGAGAGAAAUCGGAAAGCAAUGGCAGACUGGAGAGAACAUUAUCAUAAUGAAGAUGAUGAAGCUGAGCAGGACGAAGAAGAAUUUGAAGGCGAUUACAAAAACAGUGGACGCGACAGCUUGGUGUUUUUGGUGGAUGCAUCCAAAGAGAUGUUCAUUAAGGAAGAAGGUGGGGAGUCGACAAAUUUUGAUAUGACUAUGCAGUGUGUGCGUAGUGUGUACACUAGUAAGAUCAUAAGCAGCGACAAAGAUCUGGUGGCUUUGGUUUUCUACGGGACUAAGGAGAGCAAGAACCCCAAAAACUCCUUUAAGCAUGUCUACGUCUACCAUGACUUGGAUUCACCUGGAGCUCAACGUGUUCAGGAUGUUGAUAAGCUGCGGGGUGAGAAAGGAGCUCAGUUGGCUGCAGAAAUCAUGGGAAGUGGGGAAACUUCACUUGGAGAGGCUUUGUGGUGCUGCUCCAACCUCUACAGCGACAUCAAGCUGCGACUGUCACACAAGCGCCUUAUGAUCUUUACUUGCAGGGACGAACCUCAUGGAGGAGACGGUGCAAGAGACAAGCAGGCUCGUACAAAGGCUGGUGACCUCAAGGAGACAGGUGUGGUCAUAGAUUUGAUGCACCUUGCAAAACCUGGAGGGUUUGAUGUUUCCCUGUUCUUCUGUGAUAUUGUAAGCCCUCCUGAAGAUGAGAGUGAGCUCGGCCUUCAACAUGAGCCCAGUGGAAAACUUGAAGACUUGCAGAAAAGGGUCAGAGCGAAAGAGUUGAAGAAAAGAGCUCAAAGCAGAUUAACAUUGUCUCUUGGAGAUGGUGUCAAUCUGGCGGUUGGGGUUUAUGUGUUGGCCAGGACUGCCACCAAACCAUCUGCCGUCAAACUUUACAGAGAAACUAACGAACCUGUCCGCACUAAAACCCGUCUCUUCCACACCCAUAAUGGCAGCUUACUUCUACCAAGCGACACAAAGAGGGCACAGGUUUAUGGGAAGAAACAGAUUGUGAUGGAGAAAAAUGAGGUGGAUGAGAUUAAGAAGUUUGAUGAUCCAGGUUUGGUGCUGAUGGGGUUUAAACCCAUGGACCGCCUCAAAGUGCACCAUCACAUACGGCCUGCGCUCUUCAUAUACCCUGAGGAAGAGCAGAUAUCAGGCAGCUCCUGCAUGUUCACAGCUCUGCUUUUAAAGUGCAGUGAGAAAAAUGUGUUUGCACUGUGCAGAUACAUCCCUCGUCGUAACACUCCACCUCGUUUUGUGGCGCUGGUUCCACAAAGAGAAGAAAUUGAUCAAAGUCAAACCCAGUCAACACCUCCAGGCUUCCACGUGAUUUUCCUACCCUUUGCUGAUGACAUACGCACUCUGGAUGUCCAAGAGUGUCCCACAGCCUCUGAAGAGCAGGUAGACAAGAUGAAAGAGAUCGUGCAUAAGCUCCGCUUCAAAUACAGGAGUGAUGCAUUUGAAAACCCAGUUCUGCAACAGCACUACAGGAAUCUAGAGGCGUUGGCUCUGGAUAUGCUUGCACCUGAGUCUAUUGAGGAUUUAACAAUGCCAAAAGUGGAAAUGAUGGAUAAGCGUCUUGGCUCGCUGGCUCAAGAGUUCAAAGAUUUAGUCUAUCCUCCUGACUAUAACCCAGAAGGAAAGCCUGCAGCUAAGCGCAAACCUGCUGAUUCUGGUGGUGCAGCUGAAAAGAAGCCUAAAAUUGAGAUAUCUGAGGAAGAGCUCAAAAACCAUGUGGCAAAAGGCACCCUGGGCAAACUGACAGUGCCUGUUUUAAAAGAUGCCUGCAAGCUGUUUGGAGUGCGAACAACAGGAACCAAGAAACAGGAGCUGAUCGAUGCUCUGACUAUGAAGCUCUCUUAAUGGCCUAAUGUUGUUAAGGUCUUGCCCCUGUAUAUGAGAGGGGGUUAUCAUCACACCUUGAUGUCAUGCAUACUAGUUCAUGAUAACAAUACAAAAUGUUUUUGUAUGUCUGCACGUUUUAAACGGCUCCCUAAUGAGUCUGUCUUGACAUGUCGGACGUGAUUUGGUUCAGCAUUGUGAUAAUGUCAUAAUGCGUUCAAUAAAUGCUUGAAUUUUGCAGUUUUGACUGCAGUCUUGUUUCACCUCA